UGCUGGUCUGGGAUUGUGUCUGUGUUUUUGGGCAGCAGUGACUGGGAUAUCUCUAGUUUCUGUGUGGGUAAAGGGUAAGACAGUGAUGUGAAGAAGACAGAGCAGAGCAAGAGAGAAACACAGUCAGAAAACGAAGGAAUACAAGCAGAGGAAGUAUUUUCUUCUGGAUAUCUGUGAAACAUGGAGACCCUUUAUGACGACACUGACGAUGAGCGUCAGGAGAAACGAGGUUGCUUCGAGUGCUGUAUUAAGUGUCUGGGCGGCGUGCCGUACGCGUCUCUGGUGGCCACCAUCCUGUGUUUCUGCGGCGUGGCGCUCUUCUGCGGCUGUGGACACGUCGCUCUGACAGGAACCCUCACCAUCCUGGAGAACCACUUCUCUAAGAUCAGCGCAGACCACGCCAUGCUGACCGACAUAGUCCAGCUCAUGCAGUACGUCAUCUACGGCAUCGCCUCCUUCUUCUUCCUGUAUGGCAUCAUUCUUCUGGCCGAGGGGUUUUACACCACCAGCGCCGUCAAAGAGCUGCACAGCGAGUUCAAGACCACCGUCUGCGGACGCUGCAUCAGCGGCAUGUUCGUGUUCCUGACGUACAUCCUGGGAAUCGCCUGGCUCGGGGUUUUCGGCUUCUCUGCGGUUCCCGUGUUUCUGUUCUACAACAUGUGGUCGACCUGCGCUGCCAUGCGUUCACCGACGGCCAACCUGACCUCCAUCGACAGCAUCUGUGUGGACGUGCGGCAGUACGGUAUCAUUCCCUGGAACGCAACGCCAGGCAAAGCUUGCGGCUCAACGCUGAGUGAUAUUUGCAACACCAGCGAGUUCUAUCUGUCUUAUCAUCUGUAUAUCGUGGCUUGUGCUGGAGCCGGAGCGACUGUCAUUGCUCUGAUCCAUUACCUAAUGAUCCUUUCUGCAAACUGGGCCUACCUAAAGGACGCCAGUCACUUGCAUGCGUACCAAGACAUCAAAAUGAAGGAGGAGCGGGAGCUGCAGGACAUCCAGUCGCGCUCCAAAGAGUGCCUCAACUCCUACUCGUAAGGAGGGUUAACACUGCCACCCAAACCACUAACAGCCCUAACUCACUAACUCACCGCAGUCUGUGCACAUCUCUCGCUCUCCUCAGCCCUUGGUCAAGCUCAAACCUUGCACUAAUGCACAUGCUAAUCGCUUUAUGCACUGGAGAAAAGCGUCAGCAAAAUGACUAAAUGUAAAUGCAAAUCAGAUUCUGUUCGAACCCAGAUGAGAUUUGCCUUAAAACAUCAUAAACAUGAAUCUAAUUUAAGUGCAUGAUUAUUUGACAUUACAUUACAUUCUUAUGAAAAAUAACAUGCACUUGCAUUAUAAACAUGUUUUGCAUCCUCUCAAAAUUUUAAAGCAUUCCCAGUUUUUUUUUUUUUUUUUUAAGAUUAAUAAUGGAAGGAUCCUUCUGAAGUAAAUUGGUCUGGUUGUCUCUGAAUGUUUGGGUUUGUUCAUGUGCGAUAUGUGCUGGAGAUAGUAUGUGAA